AGAAAUACAUAUAAAGCAAUGUUCCUAUCAAAUCAGUUGAAUGAAAAGCCUUGGGAGAAUAAUAUCGACAAAACAGUUGCUCAGACAUACGAGUUCUACAAAACAGCUCAUGGCUUUAACAUUGGAGGGGGAGUUAAACCUGACAGGAAAAAGACCCGCUAUGAAGCCUUAAGCGAACAGAGAUUCAACGUUAAGCGAUACAACAGCGUUGUUCGAAACAACCAGAAGAAGAGAGAAAGAACCUAUAAGAAUAUAGUUUUGGAUAAGAAAUUAGAAAGUUUAGAAAGAAUAGAAAAUAGAAAACUUGAGAGAAAGAUACUCCAAUAUAAAUGCAACCAGUCCUUGGGUAGACAGACUGACUUGAAAGAUAUCCGCGACAUUAAGGAUAAUGAUAAGGAGCUAUUUGAUCUGCUUUCAACAAAAAGAUCCACGACUUUCCGUGACCCAACUAAGCCAUUUGUCAGCAAUAAAAAUGCUUGGGAAGCUUUCAAUGCUCUACCUGCACCAGAGGUUAAAUAAACUCAUCAGGCCAAACAUUGUCAAGAUGGAUCAAAAAGCAGUCUCUAGAAUAAUGGAGCGGAUCAAGAACGAAGAGAUGCUUGAUACAAUGCAUCAGAUGUGGAUCCAAGAGCAAAGGCAACAUCUUAGAAAUAGUUUGAAAUAAGAGGCAUGAUGACCAGAUUGACUUACUUAAAAGGAGUGGUUUGCGUAAAUAAUUUCAGAAGUCUCAGACAAGCUGCUAAUGACUCAAGACUGAGAGGCACAAUGACACAAUCUGUUAAAGUAAAAGACGAUAUAAGUGAAAUUGAUCAUAUUAUUACUAAUGAGAGUCUUAAUCUUCCUAAUGAUAAUGAUGCAAGCAUAAUUACUAAGAGAGAAGAUUUCCUUGAAAGAGUGAACAUUGAAGAUCCUAAUAUCAGAUAUUCUAAUGUUUCUAGAGAAGAUGAUCAAAUGAUAAUGAAUAGGAAUAGAAGUACCGAUUUAACUAUGACAAAAUUUGCUCAUAGUCUCAAGAAUAUGAAGAAUACACAAGUGGAACCGAUCCUUGAACCUUUACCUGAGCCAACUAAUCGAAUGACUCAUAUAUUAAAACCAUUGUCCUUUGCAGAUACCAAGAAAUUUGAUAGAUUGCACAACCAGCCGAAAUAUACAGGCAUAAGUAGUCCCUUCCUAGCUGCAGAUUUCAGAGGACUUCUGAUUGCUGAUUACAAUGAAGCACUGAAUAAUUGCAACAAGAAUUACCAAACUCUUACUAAAUUUGAUAAGAAUAGCUUAGGAAGUAAUAGAAUCAGAGUUGGAAAAUAUAAAUCCAAUGCUACAAGUGAGGUAUUCCCAAGCCCUUACGACAUGACAAAGUUCAAUAUGAAUUCUACCAAGAAUCUCAAAAAGAACCUUAAAAUUACUCAUAAGACCGCAGAAGGGUUCUUUAGCUCAACAAAGGAUCAAAAUACCCCAAAAGAUUAAUGGAAUUACUCAAUUUCUCUUAAAAA